UUCUUCACCGUACGCCACUUCACUCGCACAACUCAACCUCGCUGCAAUUUCCAUUUCACCAUUACACCUCCCUUCAAAAAUUAGGGUUUCUGCACUUUCUCGAACCCUAAUCAGAUCCAACGAUUAAUCUAUCUGAUUCCAGUAUCAAAUUAUGGCGGAGCACUUGGCCUCCAUAUUCGGGACCGAGAAAGACCGUGUCAAUUGCCCUUUUUACUUCAAGAUCGGCGCCUGCCGUCACGGAGACCGCUGCUCUCGCCUCCACAACCGUCCCGCCAUUUCCCCGACGCUGCUGCUCUCGAAUAUGUACCAGCGGCCCGACAUGAUCACCCCAGGCGUUGACGCCCAGGGACAACCCAUUGACCCCCGCAAGAUCCAGGAACAUUUCGAGGAUUUCUACGAGGACAUCUUUGAGGAGCUCAGCAAAUUUGGGGAGAUCGAGACCCUCAACGUCUGCGACAACCUAGCCGACCACAUGAUUGGGAAUGUCUAUGUCCAGUUCAAGGAGGAGGAUCAGGCUGCCGCUGCUUUGAACGCCUUGCAGGGGAGGUUUUACUCUGGCCGUCCCAUUAUUGCCGACUUUUCGCCUGUCACCGAUUUUCGCGAGGCCACCUGCAGGCAAUACGAGGAGAAUAGUUGUAAUCGUGGGGGCUAUUGCAAUUUUAUGCAUGUCAAAAUGAUCGGUAGGGAACUGAGGAGGAAGCUGUUUGGCAGGCACCAUGGCAGGUUUUGGGGGAAGCGGAGCCGCAGCAGGAGUGCGAGUCCACCGCAGCAUUACCAUAGGCGAGAGAGGGAGAGGGAGCGGGAGAGGGAUCAUGAGAGGCGGGAUUAUCGUGGUGGGGGAAGGAGGAGUGGAGGUGAUAGAUAUGGAGGAAGGUAUGAGAGUGAGAGGAGAAGGCAUGGAGGUAGUCCAAGGAGGAGCAGGAGUCCAGUGAGGGAAGGGAGCGAGGAGCGCAGAGCUAGGAUUGAGCAGUGGAAUCGGGAGAGGGAGGAGAAGGGGCAGUGAUACUGUUGGAACCCUUGCAUCUUCUUGUCUUCCUUUGGGCAUUGCUGUAGUUUGUUAGUGUAGAAUGCUAGUCAGAAACUGCAUGUGCACUUCUUUAGGACUAUGUUUGUUUUUAUACAUGAUAAGAUAAUGAUUGAAGAUUUAGUUAAUACAACCUAUGAGCUUUCGAUUUUGUCUAACAUGAAUUGUCUCGGGAAGAUUGCUAGUUUUGCUGUUGUUUUCAUGAGACUUGCUUGCUUCUAUAAUGUGCUGCUUAUAUAUAUAUAUAUAUAUAUGUUUAUUUUAGUUCUUAAUUGUUGACAGAACUAGCAGUUUGUCUUACUUGUUUAUUCGAUUUCCAUUUCUCAUGUCCUUUGUGGUGAUUGUGGAUCCGUUUCAUUUAAGUACAGAUUUUUAUUUGUGCACGCUCCUCUUCCAGAUCCUUUGAAAUAUGGAUGAUUAGAAUAUGAAUCUCCCAACCUGGAAAGCAAUACCGAAUUGUCCUUACCUUACAUCACAGUUGAUUGAAGGUGGUGUCAAUCCUCGGUUAGCUCGUUCAAAAUCCCCUUUCUAGCUAUUACCUUUGCCAGAGGAUUUUUCAUUUAUUUCUGAAGGCCUCCAUCUAGCUGUCUAGCACCUUUUCUGAUCGUUAUAUGGAAGAUUACAUAUGAAUCAUUCCUAGUGAACUUAUGCUUGUGCGGGGCAUUCUGAAAUGUUUGGCCUGCAUGCUGGGGUAGCACCCUUCCUAUAUUAGGAACAAUGGCUUGGUGAAUAAAACGCACUAAAACCUUGGAGGAUGUAAUUGAUAAAAUGUAUCUGAGAGGAGAAUAAGCAAGAUCUUUUAAUGCAAAAACUGAAUUCAAGUUAAGUUUCAUUGUGGCUUAUUGAUGGAGUGACCCGCUUUUCACUGGUGAUGUUGAUGUGGACAUUCAAAUUCAAAUCCCACCUGUAGCUGAACAACCUGUAGUCAGCAGAGCUAUCGUUACUCAAUUUUGCUGUUUUGUUUUGCAGCCAUAUGAAAUGAGCUUACCGGUAAAAUAGUCAGAACCUUCUUGUUUUCCUGAAGCUUAUUUUGACUAUGAUUUGCUAUAUUAUCUUUAUUUCGUUCUAGUUGUCAGGCAUCAGAAGUGGGCUUCCUGGCCUUGAAUGAAGUAUAAUUUCUAUAGUUUCGUCAAUGUCCAUCUUGUCUUUUUUAUGAUUCUGUCAAGAUUACUGUUGUUUGGAUAAACCGAGCAUAGUUGUGUUGGCACAUCUCAACAUGGUGCAUCACAUGUCUGUAUAUGCAUGCAUCCUCAUCGAGACUUGGUAUUGAGGAUGCCCAUUGUAGAGCAAUAAAUUUGAUUAGAAGUCUUCAAACUGACUCAACUUCUUAAUUGUUUAUUCUAGCAUCAGCUAUGGUACGUAAGGAUAUUUUGAUUUGGCUGUUGAUUCCACCAACAUACCUUUUCUGCUUUGGAUAUUGAUGCUGAAGGAAUUCCUUUACCUGCCGGAAAACUUGCCAUUUUUUGGUCCUUCUUGUC